ACCUGUUGUUCAACAUGAGCGACGUUCGCCAACGCUGCUUGCAGAAGCUGAAGGUGCUCAGCGCGAGCCAGCAGAGCGUGGAAACGGUCUCGCUCUGGUUCCUGCACCACAAGGACGCUGUUGACCAGUGUGUCGCAGCCUGGCGUGAUGCCGUCAAAGCAGCUGCGCCUGGAAAGAGGCUGCCCCUGUUCUACCUGGCAAACCACGUUGUGCACCUUGCUCGACAAAAGGCUCCCAGCUACGUGCCCAAACUCGGGAGCGCGGCAAUCAACGCAGCAAAGCUGCUGGCUAGUAACGGCAGUGGAUCCGAGAAGAAAGGUGUGCUGAGGAUCUUAGGCAUCUGGCGGGAGCGCAACCUCUACGACAAGGAUUACCUGGACGAGUUUGAGUCCAUUCUGAAGUCUUCAUCGUCUGCUCCGUCAAGUAGUGGUGCAAAGGGCAUCAGUGGCUCAAGUGACGGCAAGGCGAAGCGAGCACACAGUGCAUCGGCGAAGGAUGUGUUGAAGGUACUGGACGAUAUGAACAGCACCGCCAUGUCAGAUCUGGAACAGCAAGUCGCAAAGAUUCCAAAACACUUUUUCUCGGGUGACGCGCCGCUCUCCGUUCACGACAAGGCAGCGGGGCAAGACAUGCUGUCGGCGAUACAACAGGCAGGGACAUCGCUCGCAAAGCUCCAAGGCGGACUGUCGGCGGAGGUGGAGGACAGAUACCUGCUCGUGCGCAACAUCAAGGGCACGACAGCAACGCUCACAAAACACAUUGACGCAGCGCGCCGCUUGCUCUCCGAGUGCGAGGGCAAGCAGGCACAGCUAAACAACGUCGUCACUGCCAUCGACCGCAAACGCCCCGAGCUGCAGAAGAAGGAGCGGGAGGAACAGCAACAGCGACAGCAACAGCAACAGAGACAACAAGAACAACAGAGACAACAGCAGCGACAGGAGGCCGCCAGCCGACCACCACCACGUGCGAGGCGCGGAUUCGACACCCGCCCACCACCAGCAUCAGCAUCAGCACCAGCACCCGUGCCAUUGCCAGUGCCAGCAGCGUAUCAUCAGCACCAUCAGCCGCACUUUGCACCACCUGCAGCACACGCGAUGGAGGCGCCACCGCACCGCGACUACGAAGGCCAUCAUCCGCCACACCAUCCGCCUCCCCGUCAGCCCAGCGAUGGGCUGCUUCGUGAGCCGCCCACUGCUCACCACCACCACCCAGCGCCAACACACCAUCAGCCCUUCCCGCCUCCCCACCACCACCACCAGCACCACCAGCCGCCGCCACCACCUUUCCAUCACCACCAUCACCAGCAACACGCACCACCGGGCACUUACGGGCGGCACCCGUACCCACGCUGAUGUUCGGUGGCGAUGGUGGUGGUGG